CUUGCCCCAGUUUCGUCAUCUGUCUUCGGAUACCGAUAAAUUUGCUCUCUUUUUCUCUUCUCUGUUUCUCUCCAGCUCUCAAACGGCCUUCUCUGGUUCCGGAGUGGAGAUAGGCAUGGAGACUUCGAAGAGCUCGGCUGGUUUUCUUCUUCUUCUCGGGGUGGUGAUCGGCUUGGUGUCUUCUUCGGAGGCUUAUGUUUUCUAUGUUGGUGGGAGAAAUGGCUGGGGGUUGAAGCCUACUGAGGACUAUGGUAGUUGGGCUGCGAGGAAUCGGUUCCAAGUUAAUGACACCCUCGUGUUUAAGUACGAGAAGGGGAACGACUCUGUUCUGGUGGUGAAGAAGGAGGACUAUGAUUCAUGUAACUUGACCAACCCAAUACAGAGACUCGAUGACGGCAACUCGGUGUUCAAAUUCGAUCGAUCGGGACCUUUCUACUUCAUCAGCGGGACCGGUGACCGGUGCCAGAAGGGGGAGAAGCUGAUGGUAGUAGUGCUGGCAGUCAGGAACAAGACGCCAACCCAACCGCCUACCUCGCCGGCGCCGUCUCUGUCUCCAUCCCCCACUCCUUCUCCUAAACCCCCGACGUCCUCCCCCGCUCCAUCUCCAUCAAUCCCUGUUCCUUCCCCUUCAACCCAACCGCCUACCUCGCCGGCGCCGUCUCUGCCUCCAUCCCCCACUCCUUCGCCAAAACCCCCGACGUCCUCCCCUGCUCCAUCUCCAUCAAUCCCUGUUCCUUCCCCUUCGUCAUCGCCUGUUCCAUCUCCGUCUUCUUCGACUUCCCCUUCUCCGAGCUCCCCUGGCUCUGGACCAGGGGCAGCACCGCCGCCUCCAGGGGCAACACCGGCGCCUUCUCCCUCGGAAAAUAGAUCCACCGCCUCCCCCUCCUCUGUUUUGAGUAAGGUUUCAUUUGGACUGGCGGCGCUGGUCCUCGGCUGUGCCUUCAUCAAUUGAUUCCGGGUUGAUGGAUGCUUGUGCUGUUCUUCCUCCGUUGGGUGUUGUGUUGAUACUAGAAUACAUACCUGUGGGUCAUCUAUUUCUUUGUUUCUCUUCGUCGUCGUCCAUGGAUGUUUUUAUCAUUGGUUGUUUCAAAAUAAACAGAUGGUGGGAUCUCAGUGCAAAUAUGUUGCAAAAUAAGCAGAUAGGUGCAGAUGUUUAUAAUCAUUGUCUAACAAUUUAUUUUUGUUUUCUUGAGGUAUUUCAUCAUUAAUCAUAUGCCUUUGUUCUUCCUCCCUAUUA